CUGAUGAUACAAAGGACAAUGCAAAGUGUAUAUCCUGGUGACAUUUUGUGUGCUGUGACAUGGUUUUUGCCAUGGCAUCUGAGACUGAAAAGGCCCAUGCUCUUCUCCAAACUUUCAGCACAGCUUCAGUUAUUUCUAGUCUAGGUUUGGGAAUAUUCUGCUUUGUAGCAGACAGACUUCUGCAGUUUUCCUUCAUUCAGCAAAAUGACUGGCUCCGAGCCUUGUCUGAUAAUGCAGUGCAUGGUAUUCUAGGAAUGUGGUCCUGGGCAAUAGUGAUUGGACUUAGGAAGAAAAGUGACUUCACUGAAGUCACCCUGGCUGGCUUCCUUGCCUCUGUCGUUGAUGUGGACCACUUCUUUCUUGCUGGCUCCCUGUCGUUAAAGGCUGCUCUGACUGUUCCACAGAGACCACUUCUUCAUUGUUCUACUGUGAUUCCUGUUGUGGCUCUGACAUUAAAGUUUAUUAUGCACCUUUUCAGGCUUAAGGAUUCAUGGUGCUUUCUUCCCUGGAUGUUGUUCAUAUCCUGGACUUCUCAUCAUGUCCGUGACGGGAUUCGUCAUGGCCUCUGGAUCUGUCCAUUUGGAAAAACUCCUCCUUUGCCAUAUUGGCUGUAUGUGGCAAUUACAGCAUCUUUACCCCAUCUGUGUUCAUUUAUUAUGUAUUUAACAGGCACUAGAGAAUUAAUGUCUAUAAAACAUGGAAUCCACAUUGAUGUAUAAGAAUGAUGGCUCUUUAUGAUUGUUUGUAUUAGCACUUGAAAUGAGGUGUCUGUUGCUGAAGUGGUUUCCUUACGUUUCCUACAACUUCUGAGUUAGGCAUUUUAUGCCUGUGGAGCCAGUUACAGCUCCUGUGUCAAUUCCUUGUGGUCACAGAAACCUAUUUAAUGAGUGGUAAUAAUUUU